AUGGAUAAGGAUCCUAAUAAAGGAGGAAAUGUUCGAUAUAGAGGCGUAAGAAGGCGGCCGUGGGGGAAAUUCGCAGCGGAGAUUCGAGACUCCACGAGGCAAGGAGCUAGGAUAUGGCUGGGAACAUUUAACACGGCUGAAGAAGCUGCAAGAGCUUAUGAUAGAGCAGCAUAUGCAAUGAGGGGUCAUUUAGCAAUCCUCAACUUCCCGGACGAGCACCCUUCAAUUAAGGUUGAUUCUGCUUCUUCUUCCUCCUCCUCAUCGUCGCCUUCAUUAUUAUCAUCAUCCUCUUCCUCAUCAUCAUCAUCUUCUUCUUCCUCAAUUUUACAGAAUGUGGGAAGAACUAGUGGGACUGAACAAGGCAGAGAAGUGAUUGAAUUUGAGUGCUUAGAUGAUAAGUUGCUGGAAGAUCUUCUUGACUUUGAUCACAACGACAAGACCAACAAAGAUUGA